AUGUCGGAUUCGACCAACCCAUCGAAGCUCGACCAGAGCAACCACGAACGAUGGUUUAGACAAACAGGAAUACAAUUAAGAGGAAAGGGAUGGUAUUACACAAUUGAAAGAACAUUAGAUGAAUAUGCAACAGUUGCAGGACCCACGACAGCAACUGAUGAUGCAACUGCGCCCCGUCGAUGCUACAAUAUCGAAUUGAAAUCAGAAUACUUGAAAGACGAAGCAAAUGCACUAUCGUACAUCUGUACAACACUCAACGACGAUGACGAGGCACUCAUCGAUGAAUACCCGACAGCAUAUGCACUCUGGGCAUACCUUAAAUCGAAAUACACUAGAGUUAGUGCGGUUACAGCAAAUACAUACAUGACCAUGAUCCAGAACUUCAGAUUCCAGGCCCGAUACCCAUUCUUGGAAAUGACCAUUCAUACAAGUCAUGGGGACAAAUUGAAAGAGUACAGAAGGAAGCUAGGAGCCGCUGACGAAAGCUAUCGAUCAGCAUACCAAGAUACUGCCUUAUUCUUGGUGCUAGCCCGUAGCCUUCCAGCAGAUUAUCAAGGAGUGAUUGAUGUAUUGGAUAUACAAACCAACCUCAGCAUCGAUGAUAAGAUCAAGCAUCUACAAGCAAAGGAAUUACGCUUGGCAGACAAUCCCGAGCAAGCUCAGAUUGCAAGUAGAUCUAGGUACACCCCCGAAAACCGAAAAUCAGAUAUCGAGGCCCCAAACAAGAUAUGUUACCUUUGCAAGAAGGAAGGCCACUAUAUACUGAACUGUUCACAUUUGGAGAGAGCAAGCAAACUCCUUUGUAGCUACCUCCGACAUCAUAAAAGAAAGAGAUCAACGAAACCAAGAAAAGUCCACUUUAACAAGCGAGAUGAUGCAUACCCCGUUGAUGAUGACUCUGAAUCAGACUCCGAUACUGAGGAUAUGAUAGAAGAAGAUUGUAAUUUGACAAAAGAAACCAUCAGUAAAGCUUCCCCUAGUAAAUGGUAUGCCGACACAGGCGCUUCCUCACAUAUGUCUGACCAAUCUUCAUUAUUCAGGACAAUAGAACCGAUUGCCAGGCGAAGAAUAAAGGUUGGUGGGGGAGUGAUGUAUUGCUGUCAUUGGGGAACAGUGGAUAUGAUAUGCGAGGAUGGUUCUAAGAUGUUGCUCUCAAACGUUUUAUAUGUGCCAGGGCUGGGAGUGAAUUUACUAUCGGGAAAGAAAAUCUGCGAGAGAGGAUUGCGAGGAGAAUUCAACUCUUGUUAUAUGUAUUUCAAAAAGGAGAAUAAGAAAAUCAUUUGUGCUAGGAUACAAGAUGGAAUGAGAAAGAAAGGUAUCUGCUAUGGCAUCGAAGAUUCAACCAUUUAG